UAACUAACCAGAGUUAACUUAACACCCAGCCCAACCCAACCCAACCCUUUUUGUCUUAUUCUCUCUCUUUCAUAUUCCUUGCAGUAGAAUGGUCACUCACUCACACUUUUUUUAUUUAUUUCAACUCUUCUUCUCAUUGUACCACUCGCUAGCUCAAUAUAUCUCCAAAAACCCAUUCAAAACCCUUUCUCACUUCUCUUCUUUCCUCGCAUAAGCACUUUUCAUAAUCACUUCUUACUACAAACAAACUUCACAUUUUCUUUCCUUCUUCUUCACGAGUUUGAAGCAUGGAAAGGGGAAUGAUUAAUCACAACCCUAAGAAACGAAAACUGGUGCUAAACGAUGAUGAUGAUGAUACCGGAAUCCGAAAAAUGCGAAAGUUCAAAGUGUUGUUACCGAAUGGAACUAGUGUGGAAUUGAAAGUUCUGAACACAGAAAAUGCAAUGCAUUUUGGUGAAUUCGUUGGAUUAAUUCGAACUAGGUAUCUACAAGUUCAGAGGAAGAAUGAAUCCAUGAGGAAGAAAAGGGAAAUCAAUUGGAAUAGUGGUGGUUUGUUUCUUGAAGAUGUUAGUGAUAAUAAGAUCAAGAACGUUGUUGAUUUCAAAAAUUUCAUUCCUAACAAGUGCCACAUUUUACGCCUUAAUGAUGGGAAAGGCGAUGUUGCUGACACCUUUGAGAAUAUGUGGGACUUGACGCCAGAUACAGAUUUGCUGCUGGAGCUUCCUGAAGAUUAUAAUUUUGAAGCUGCUAUUGCUGACUUGAUUGAUAAUGCUUUGCAGGCUGUGUGGUCCAAUGAAAAAAACAGUAGGAAGCUAAUUAGAGUUAAUGUAACUAACAAGAAGAUUACAAUUUUUGACAAUGGCUCUGGAAUGGAUGACUCUAAUGAGAAUUCCCUAGUAAAAUGGGGAAAAAUGGGAGCGUCACUUCACCGAUUAUCAAAAUCACAGGCUAUUGGGGGAAAACCCCCAUACUUAAUGCCUUAUUUUGGAAUGUAUGGAUAUGGUGGACCUAUAGCAUCUAUGCAUUUGGGGAGGCGUACUUUUGUUUCGUCCAAGACAAAACAUGUAAAGAAAGUCUACAUGUUACUUCUUCAGAGAGAAGCUUUGUUGAAAAGAUCCAACUCUGAAGCCACAUGGAAGACAAAUGGUGGCAUAAGGGAACCCUUACAGGAUGAAAUCAGGGAUUCUCAUGGCAGCUUUACAAAGGUUGAUAUUUUUGAGCCAAAAGUAAAAGAUGUUGAUAUUAACAAACUCCAGUGCCACCUCAAGGACAUAUAUUUCCCCUACAUUCAGAAUGAUGACUUGUCUGAAAGAGGGAAGACCAUUACACCGAUUGAGUUCCAGGUCAACGGUGUUGAUCUGACAGAGAUUCAAGGUGGGGAGGUUGCAACAACUAAUUUGCAUUCUUGCAAUGGUCCUGAGUUUGUUCUGCAGCUUCGUAUGUCUCUUGUACAAGAUCAUGGUUCAAGGGAAUUCCAAGAAGCAAAUGCACGCCUUAGAUUCGUAUAUUUCCCUUUCUCAGAGGGAAAGGAGAGCAUUGAGAGGGUUUUGGAAAAUUUAACGGCUGACGGUUACAUUAUAAAGGAGAGCUUCGAAAACUUUAGUCGGGUUUCCGUUAGGCGGCUUGGUCGUCUCCUUCCAGAUGCUCGCUGGACUUUACUUCCUUUUAUGGACUGGAGGAACAAAAGGGUAUUGACUAAUAAGACAAGGAUACUGAAGAGAUGUUCCCUAAGAGUUAAAUGCUAUGUUGAAACUGAUGCUGGUUUUAAGCCAACCCAGUCAAAGACGGAUUUAGCUUACCACAAUCCAUUCACCAUUGCUUUGAAGAACUUGGGUAGUAAAAUUUCAUACAAAGACAAUGCAGAUGUUUCUGUUGAAAUUAGCACAGCCUCAAAAAUGUUAAAUCCUUUACAACUAGAAAAGGAGUACAACAACUGGAUUCUACAAAUGCACACUCGUUAUGAUGAAGAAGCUGAUGCCGGUGACGAUAAGCCAGUUAUACUUGUCAAUCCGCCAAACAAGAAAGCACUUGGCAUUUCCGAUGAUGUCGUUAGAGUUCAUCGGGUUCUGAAGAGAAAGGAAAAGACAUGGAGUCAUGGACAGAGAAUUAAAGUGUUAAAAGGAGCAUGCCCAGGGUGUCACAACAACAAUGUUUAUGCAACCAUAGAGUACUUUUUGCUUGAAAAAUUUGAAGGAGACCCGGGUGGAGAAGCUCAAAUCAUAUGCAGGCCAAUAGAUAUCCCAGAGGAGAAUGGGUGCUCUCUUGACGUCAGUAAUGACGAAAACCCCACCUUGAAUAUUGGUAGCUCUUUGUCUUUACCAUUAAGCGUGAUCGACGCAGAAAAGCUUUUACCUGUUGAAAGUAUUGAAUGGGAGCGUCGACUUAAUAAGAUACAACAGAAAUCUCCUGCUUGUAUUGACUCGCCGGGCUCAAACCGUCAUAAACACUAUAAACGAAAGCAGAUUGACGUGGUGGAUUCAAUCAGCAAAAGUUUUGAGAAAAGGGUGACAGGAAAACCUUCUCAUUGUGCUAAGAAGUACGAACUUCUAACUGAUGACCAAAGUCCUGAGCUAGAUGUGAGGGUUGGUUCUACGUUUCCAACCUUAGCCAUUGCAUGUUAUGACAUCCAUGGUAAUCGAGCACCGUUUCAAACGAUUCCGGAUGUGACUGUUCAACUUCAGGCAGCGAAGGACUUGUACUUCAAAGUGCAUGGAACGAAGAUUGGUCUUUCAACUGAUAAAAUGAUUUUAAAAAUCAUGGAUGCAAUGGUUACACUUACAAGUAAUGAUUUGGACAAGAUAAGGCCUAGCUAUAUGACUAAUUUGAUUAUUGCUUCAGAAAAUAUUCCGUUGUCACUAUCUUUUCCGUGCCGAGUUUCUCCUGCUUAUCCCGAACAUGUUGAACUGAAGCCUAAUAUAAGAGAAGACCAACUAAUUCCAGGUUUCAUUGUCAAGGAGUUAGUGUUGGAGAUGUUUGACGCAUAUAGAAACCAUGUGUCUGAAGGCAUGGAGGUUAAUAUUGUUGUGGAUGGAUUUGAAAUGCUAAAUCAUUGCAGUGCAUACAAGGUUGCUGAUAAAGGAAAAAUUGAUCUUAGUGGUCUACUAAAGUUAACAGCAGGUUAUGGUGAAAAUGCAUCCAUAUCGGUUACAUUCGAAGGUAGACCAAUAUUCAAGCAGGAUUUUUCAAUUGCACGAAGAAUCUUGAGAAUAGCAUCUAAGGUGCCUGAUUUUUGUGCUGCUGGUGGUCAGCUAGAAAACGUUAAAUUUGAAAUUGUCAAUAUUGAUGGAGAUGUUGAUACGAAGAUUCAUCACGACAAUCAAGAUUACCAGUUUCAUAUGCUUACAAUUAAGUCAGACCUUAUUAAUGCAGAGGAAUCUAUACGAUAUCUUUUCAAGCAGGGAUGCUGUACAGUUCCAUUCAUACGUGUUCCAGAAAUUGAGGGGACUUUUUGUUUUGAAGCUUUUCAUUCACAAUAUACCAAGCUAUGUCUGGCUGUAAAGGUGCGAGUUAUCAAAAUGUCCAAUGCGAAAGAUGUUGCACAACUUCUAUCCCCGGAUAAGAAUAUUUUUCCCUUGCAGGAACUAUCACCAUUUAAUCAUGAAAAUAACUUAAUGAUCUCUGUCCUAAAUAGUGAAGGAAAGAUUUGCCAACUUGGAAGCAAAAUUAAAAAAGUAGAAGAAUAUCUUAAAACUUGUCAUGAGGAAAAGGCUGAGAAGGAGAAAGAGAUGUUGAAGCUGCGAGAUAAUGUUAAUGUCAACACCAAAGAGGAAGUGAUUACAAAAAUUAAAAGCAUGGAAAACUCAGCAACUUCUGUCCUAUGUAGUCUGUCUGCACACGAAAAGCAACAGAAUCAUUUCUUGGAAGAUAUAAUUGGGGUCGUUGCCCUCCUUGGUUCUGUUAAGAGUCCUAAGCUUAGCAGAAUGCUGGCUGAAUAUCUUGGUGAAGAUCAAAUGCUGGGUGUUAUUUGUAGAUCUUUCGAUACUGCAGUUUCUCUUUAUAAGCAAAAUGGAGAAAUUGAUUGUUUGCAUGCUGAAGCAGCUGGUCUUGGAGAAGCUAUAAUAAGCAAGCGUUUUCUUGUUAUGUCUUUUGAAGAUUUAAGGCCAUACAAAGGGUACCUGCAAGAACAUGACCCUCAGAUGAAGCUGGCAUUGCCCAAUCCCAAGUUACACAAUGGGAGAACCCCAGCAGGCUUUAUCGGUUAUGCAGUUAAUAUGAUUGAUCUUGAUUCCCAUCACCUACAGACAAGGACAGCAUUGGGCCAUGGGCUACGCGAGACCGUUCUAUUUAGCCUUUUCAAGAAGCUCCAUGUUUAUGAAACAAGAGAGAAUAUGGUGGAUGCUCUUGACUGUAUAGAAGAUGGUGCUGUAUCAUUAGAUGGUGGUAUUAUAAGAGAAAAUAGAGCUCUUUCUAUUGGUUAUGGGAACCCUUCUGUAUACUUUCCUUGUACGAACAAGUUGGACAUUUCUCCGGAAGCUAUGGGAAUCUUAACUCAGAUUGAAGAAGAGUUGCUGCUGAUUGAAGAAAAAAUUGAUAAAGCAACAAAUUAUCAUCAGAAGUGUCUACAUAAAUUUGAGAGAAAAGAGAAGAAAUAUAAAAAACUUAUGGAUAAAAUUGAGCCUAUGGCCGAGUUAUUGGAACCUAAACCAGAGAUUGGGACCUUGGUAAACUUAGCUGACUGAUCUGUUUUUUGUUUUCCUAUGCUUUUGAUCAUUGAGCUUAGAGCUUUGGAUAGUGUGCUUUCUUGUGGAGUUUUUGGUGGCCGGCAAUCAAUGACUGACUUCAGAGGAAAUAUUAUAGGCUUUGGUUUUCUUUCCUUUUUAUGAACUAAUAGGCUUUGGUUACUGCCAUGGGUUAACUGAUGUUGUGUAUAUAUCUUUUCCAGUGUGUGACAGGGUCAUUUUUAAUGCUGAUGAAUAUAUUAUAUAUCUUUAAUCCACAGUUUCUGUGUAAAUAGUGUAUUUUGAUGCUCUUUCACUUAGUAAUGCAUUUAUUCCACCAAGGUACUUUUAA